AUGGGCUACCGGAGAAGCAGUAUGCCGGCAUCGCCUACAUUUGCUCAACCGCCAGACCACCAGCACCCCCCAUUCAUGGCGCCCUUGCCAGGCGCUUGCCAUCCACCGUAUGUUCAAUUCCCAGACUCAGUCGGGUACCAUGUCCCCCUGGUCUUUCCCGGCGAGAACGCUUUCUUCGUACCUCAUCCAGCAUUCUAUCCGCCAUCGUUCGAUUCAUAUCAAUUCGGACAGCCGCGAUACAUGACGAACAACUGCAUCCAAGCCUACCCCGGUUUCUUUCCUCACCGACACAGUCUAUCUGGCCCUAGCGUUGGGGUCGCAUCGGGCAUGAACCACGAGUAUUGCACACCAAUAUCACGAAACAUCUUCAUUCAUAAUCUCAGCCAUGAAACAACCCCACAGCUCCUGAAGGAAUAUCUCCGUACCUCAGGGAUCAUUGAACGAUGCGAUGUAUUUGACCGAAAGAUCGGCGGCAGCACGCGGACCUGUGCCAUAGUGGUUUUCCGGAACAAGGAGGAAGCAAAACGAGCCAUUGCGCUGUUUGAUAACUCCAUGUUCAGGGGGUCGCGGAUAAGAGUUCGUUUCGAUAGGGAGCGUGGCGGAAGUCUUGGAACGGCCCAUGGCAAUGGUAAUGGGUAUGGCCAUGGAUACAACAACAGCCCCAGCAGAAACGGCGUCGUAAAGCAUGCGAUGUCGACUGCCGCUGCGUCUGAGCGUCCCGGUGCGGUUCCGACAGCCUCAGCACCAGGGGAGACAGCGAGGCAGGGGGCAAAUGGUAUGCCUCAGUCGACAAUGGCAACGACUCCUGGAACUCCGACGAAGGAAGCCCAGCAGUCGGCAACAGAAUCGCCAUCACCCUCGCUGGUUGCAGUGACACCAACUUCGACUGCUGACGAAGCAGAGACUAAAAGCGAAAAGAGCAGCAGCAGCAGCUCUCGCAAGAAUAGCACGGAGCCAUUAGUCGUUAAUGGCUCCUGUGUCGGAACCAAGUCUCCGGUCACAGGCGUCGAGAAAGGUGAGUCAAUGCCAACAUCACCGCAUACGAUCCAUGAUGAAACAGGCUUGAUAUGUGUUAUAUAA